AUGCUAAGCAAAGCCAAGAAAGGUUCUCACAUUCGCACAAGAGAUAAUAAGGGGUUUGAAAUGAAAAGGCUUAGUGCCCCCCAAAGAACUGGGAGGCUAGGUCGUGGUCUGGAGAUGGGAGACGGCCAUCAGGAGCGCUCCACUCAACUGGGUUCGGCUCACUCGAUCGAGCUUGUGGCUCCUCCUCCUCUUCUUCUUCAUCUUCAAAGUGGGUGUGGCUUCCUUGGCCUUGGUGGAGUUGUGCUCGCUCGAAGCGGUUGUAGGGAGUCCAGGGUCUGA